UUCUGGUGUCAAAAGCUUGGAAGAAGUUUGCCUUCAGGUAACAGAUCUUCUGCCUGGCCUCAAGAAGCUGCGGAAUCUGCUCCCCGAACACGGCUGUCUGUUACUGUCUCCAGGGAACUUCUGGCAGAACGACCGAGAGCGAUUCAAUGCUGACCCAGAUAUCAUCAAAACCAUCCACCAGCAUGAACCAAAGACGUUACAAACAUCAGCUACUCUCAAAGAUCUGUUGUUCGGACUGCCCGGGAAGUACAGCGGGGUGAACCUCUAUAACAGGAAGCGGGUGGUGUCGUACACUGUCACCCUGGGUCUCCAGCGGUAUGACUCCAGGUUCCUCAGCAGCCUCCGCUCUCGCCUCAAGCUGCUGCAUCCCAGCCCUAACUGCACGCUGCGAGAGGAGAACAUCGUUCACGUCCACUUCAAGGAAGAGAUUGGCAUUGCUGAGCUGAUACCCCUCGUCACCACCUACAUUAUACUCUUCGCUUACAUCUACUUCUCCACACGGAAGAUUGACAUGGUGAAAUCCAAGUGGGGCCUGGCGCUGGCAGCGGUGGUGACGGUGCUCAGCUCUCUGCUCAUGUCCGUUGGGCUGUGCACGCUCUUUGGUUUGACGCCUACUCUUAAUGGAGGAGAAAUAUUUCCAUACUUGGUUGUGGUGAUUGGCCUAGAGAACGUGUUGGUUCUCACCAAGUCGGUUGUCUCUACGCCCGUUGACCUGGAAGUGAAGCUACGCAUCGCCCAAGGCUUGAGCAACGAGAGCUGGUCGAUUAUGAAGAACAUGGCGACAGAGCUUGGCAUCAUCUUGAUCGGGUAUUUCACCCUUGUCCCAGCCAUCCAGGAGUUCUGCCUCUUCGCUGUGGUCGGCCUGGUGUCUGACUUCUUUCUGCAGAUGUUUUUCUUCACUACUGUGCUGUCCAUUGACAUUCGCCGUAUGGAGCUCGCUGAUCUGAACAAGCGGUUGCCAGCAGAAGCCUGCAUGCCCCCGGCGAAGCCCGUCAGCCGCUCUCAGCGCUACGAACGCCAGCCAGCUAUGCGACCUGCCACCCCCCACACCAUCACCCUGCAGCCGUCGUCUUUCAGGAAUCUGCGCCUGCCAAAGAGGCUGCGGGUCAUCUACUUCUUCGCCAGGACCCGGCUGGCCCAGAGACUCAUCAUGGCUGGGACAGUGAUCUGGAUUGGAAUCCUGGUUUACACGGAUCCUGCUGGUCUCCGCACCUACCUCACGUCACAGGUCACUGAACAAAGUCCUUUGGGUGAAGCAGGUCUGCCUCCUAUGCCUGUUCCUGGAGGGGUCCUACCUGCUGGGGACCCCAAGAUUGACCUCUCAGUCUUCCCGUCGGACCCUAUAGAGCUGUCGGAAAACCAGACGCAGCAGCGUGAGCAGAAGUCAGGGCUGGAGUCCCUGAGCAGGCUGGGGACAAACCAGCACACGUGGGCCCAAGGACCAGAGGGCAAAGGGAAUGGACAGACGGAGCUUGGAACUGAAGCAGUGGUUACCUGGGGAGCAGAGGAUGAGGAGAUUUGGAGGAAGCUUUCCUUCAGGCACUGGCCAUCCCUCUUCAGCUACUACAACAUCACUCUGGCCAAAAGAUACAUCAGCAUCCUCCCCGCAAUCCCUGUCACGCUGUACCUGAACCCACAAGAGGCCUUAGAAGUGCGGCACCCCCAGGAGGCGAACCGCUACCACCCCUUCUUGUCUGCCGGCAGUGGGAAGCUGGAUGGCAAAGCUCAACCUGACCAAGCUUCACCCAAGCAGCAAGGGCACCAGGAUGUCACCCUUUACAAGGUGGCUGCUCUGGGUCUGGCCUCAGGCAUUAUCCUGGUCCUCCUGCUCUUCUGCCUGUACCGGGUGUUCUGCCCCAAGAACUAUGGGCAGAACGGGCUCUCUCACAGCAGGAGGAAGAGGGGGGACCUGCCCUGUGACGACUACGGCUACUCCCCACCCGAGACUGAGAUCGUCCCCUUGGUUCUCAGGGGUCACCUCAUGGACAUCGAGUGUCUGGCUAGCGAUGGGAUGCUGCUCGUCAGCUGCUGCCUGGUGGGCCAGAUCCGCGUGUGGGAUGCUCAGACCGGCGACUGCCUCACUGUUAUUCCCAAACCGAGGUUGCGAAGAGACAGCAGUGGCAUUUUUGAUUACCAGGAAAGCUGGGAUCAUAGUCCGGAUGGCAAGAAUGGUCUGGAUGACUCCUUUGAGAACAGUCACCAGCUCAAAAGGCUGCUCAGCCCUCCCCAGCCUCCGCUCUUCUGCGACCAGCCAGACCUCACGUCCCUCAUUGACACCAACUUCUCCGAGCAGGUGAAGGUGCCCGAGUCGGAGACGCGGCUCCGCGCUGUGGGCAGUCGCCAGAAGGAGACCGCCGGGUAUGACUUCAGCAGCCUGGUCGGCAAAGUGUACGAGGAGCACGGCACCUCCAACUGCAUGAACUUCCCUGGCCUCUCGGCCCCGCACGGACAGGCCGGCUUCUGCGCGGGGAGCGGCAGCCCCCGCUCCCUGGGCUGCGGGACCGAGGACGGAGGCUGCAGCGGCCGCAGAAGGAGCCUGGGGGACGAAUCGUUCACGGGAUUUGAGAAAUCGACCCCGAUUCCUUCCUGGGGAGGAGACUUGGAGAGCUCCGUCUGGAGCCUGGACCUGCAAGGGAACCUGAUUGUUGCUGGCAGGAGUAACGGGAAGCUGGAG